AUGGAGGGUGCGUCGACCAUCGCGAGGAAGACAUGGGAGCUCGAGAACAACAUCCUCACCGUAGACCCGCCGGAUUCGGCCUCCGACAGUAUUUUCCACUACGACGACGCAGCGCAGGCCAAGGUCCAGCAGGAGAAGCCAUGGGCAAGCGACCCCAACUACUUCAAGCGCGUCCAAAUCUCGGCGCUCGCUCUCCUCAAGAUGGUUGUCCACGCUCGCUCCGGUGGCACAAUCGAGAUUAUGGGUCUUAUGCAGGGGAAAACCGACGGCGAUACGAUCAUCGUCAUGGACGCUUUCGCUUUGCCUGUCGAAGGUACCGAGACUAGGGUUAAUGCCCAGGCUGAUGCCUACGAGUACAUGGUUGAUUACUCCCAGACGAACAAGCUGGCUGGGCGGUUGGAGAACGUUGUUGGAUGGUAUCACUCUCACCCUGGGUAUGGUUGCUGGCUCUCGGGUAUCGACGUGUCAACACAGAUGCUUAACCAGCAGUAUCAGGAGCCCUUCUUGGCUGUUGUUAUCGAUCCAACAAGGACUGUUUCGGCUGGUAAGGUUGAGAUUGGGGCAUUCAGGACUUAUCCGGAGGGACAUAAGAUCUCGGAUGAUCAUGUUUCUGAGUAUCAGACUAUCCCUCUGAAUAAGAUUGAGGACUUUGGUGUACAUUGCAAGCAGUACUACUCAUUGGACAUCACUUACUUCAAGUCGUCUCUUGAUAGCCACCUUCUGGAUCUCCUUUGGAACAAGUACUGGGUGAACACUCUUUCUUCUUCCCCACUGCUGGGCAAUGGAGACUAUGUUGCCGGACAAAUUUCAGACUUGGCUGAGAAGCUUGAGCAAGCCGAGAGUCAGCUUGCUCACUCCCGGUAUGGAGGAGUACCGGCCUCUUCUCAUAGGAAAAAAGAGGAUGAGCCUCCACUCGCUAAGAUAACUCGUGAUAGUGCAAAGAUAACAGUCGAGCAGGUCCAUGGGCUAAUGUCACAGGUUAUCAAAGACAUCUUGUUCAAUUCCGCACGCCAGUCCAACAAGUCUUCCAGCGACCCUUCAGAUCCAGAGCCGAUGAUUACAUCGUGA